CAACAAUGGCAUGGUCUUGAUGUUCGAGGCGUUCGACUCAACUAUAAGUUUUCGAAAACUGUCGUUUCAAAAACCGAUUUACAACCGUGCUACGCAAAUAUGCCGAGAAAAUUGCGGCCGAUAAAGGCUUGGUCUGUCGGGUUGUACGCCAAUAUGGAAGUUCUGGAUCACGUUCAACCAUUGGUAUCAGAACUUGGAGUGAAGAUUGUGCUUGAGCACUUUGCUUCCCCAGUAGUGUUGUUACUAGGAUCAGCCAGGCAGCCGGGGUGGGAUGCUCUGCAUAGCAUGAUGAAAGAUCCUCGCGUUUACGUCAAGUUCUCAGCACCGUAUCUAUUCUCCAGUGAUUCGGGCGCUAAAGAAUUCGAGUCGCUGGCAACGUCGCUUUUGAUCAUGCGGAAUGGCGAAGGGCUUGUGAUCAGUUCAGACUGGCCGCGUACGCAAUCCCGAGGAUAUUAUGUGACCCCUUUUAUGGAGAAGGCUGUAAAAUGGUGCAACGGGGACGGAGAGCUACAGAAUAAGCUUUUCCGAGACAAUCCUCGGGAACUAUGGGAUGUCUGA